UUCUGUCGUAGGGGAAGUUGCCGCGGAACGUACUGGUCGUCAGCGUUUCUCUCAGCGGUUCGUGACUUCCGUCCUCCGCGAGUUCACGUUUUGACUCCUUUAAUUUCAUCUCUCCGCUUCUUUCGUUCUUCGUUCUCCCUCCCCCGUUGUCGACGGUUCGUUCGCGAGUGAAACGUGCGCGCGAUUUUGGAAUUUCGAUACGUUACCAGUGACGAAAGAGAGAAAGAGAGAAAGAGAGAGAGAGAGAGAGAAAUUAAUCGUGUUUACCGGUGUACACUGUGCCAUGGGGAUCUAGGAACACCGGUCAGGAAACGAGACGCAUGACAGACGACACCAGGCGGGACGUUAUCAGGUGAGGGUUCAGCAGCUUUCGGCGACGCGAUCGAGAGAUGUCGGAUGCCGCCGGCACGGACAAUCCGGCGUUCGCCAGCGAGGACGAGUGCGUGAGCGGUUCCAAGUUGGAGAACGGCAGCCAGCAAGCGGCCUUGAACCAGGAUCGCAAGCCCUCGGCGGACAGCGGCGCGCCGGUAGAAAAUGGCCACCAGCGAUCCUUCAUCUCCCAGCACUACGUCGAGCCCAUUAAGCCGAGCUCGGAGCCGUGUUAUAAAACGGAAACGAGAAUCGAGGUGCCGGCCGAUAACACGGAGAAGAGCGUGCCGGAGCCGAAGCUCAACGGCGUCCACGGGAAUGGCAAUAACAACGACGCGAGUUUCCUCAACAACAGUGCUACGAGCGUGCAGAUCAACGAGUCCGGAAAGAAGGAGCAAAUCGAGGCCGUAAACCUGGAACUGGUCUCGAUGAGGCCAUACACGGGCAACAAUAUUCAGACGAAGGGUCAGGAAGCCUGCGAGGUACCAGCUGAUCCAUACGAGGAGUACUUCGUGCCGGUUAACGAGCAUCGAAAGUACAUCAGGGGCGAGAAACUUUACGUCACGAAGGACAAAAGGUCCAGAAAUUCGUACGGACGAAGAACGGUUUGGGGGUGUGCGCUGUUGGUCGUCAUAGUGAUCGCCGUGAUCAUCGCCAGUUUGGCCGCAGCUGGCGUAUUAUUCUCAGUACCGCCUACGGAACCCUUAGAGAACGUGGAAGAAAACAGCACUCUUCAAUUUAACGAAAUACAGCCGGCUGGAAGUCGAGAAUACGUGAAGGAUCCGCCGUUAAGUCCGCCGCCUUUAACCUCGACUUUCCCAUCGUGGCCUACGACUGAUGAAACGCUAUUCGACAUUGUACCGGAUGCUCUCGAUGGAACUUUGAGAUUAGACGAUUUUAAUUUGAAUGACGAUUUCAGCGAUAUUAAAUCACGAGUAUACAGACAAGUGAGCGCCGAGAUAGAGGAGCAUCUAGGGAACGUUCUUCGACAGGCGGGUGGCAAUUCUGUAAUCAAAGUAUACGACAUUAACAAGGAAGGCGAAGUAAGAUUCAGAAUAAGUCAUCCACCUCGGAACGCUCCCGACGAGAGUCAGGAGUACAUCGAGGAUGUAUUACGAAAAAAUGGUAACAUGAUCGGACAGUAUCAUUUGAAUAGACUUCACGUGGGAAAGCUUAUUGAUCAGUGUGAAUACGGCAAUCUCGAGUGCACCGGAAAUUGUAAAUACGAUUACCCCUCUGGCACAUUCGUGUGUAUUUGCAAAGCAGGAGAAAUGUUGCAUCACGAUGGCAAAACUUGUGUGGAUGACAGCGAUUUGAGUAAUGUCGAAAUGGACGACGUGAUGCCACAAUCCAGCACGGAACCAAUUAAUGAUUUCCAAGGUAGAAGCAGAAAUCCAAGCGAGGUAGAAUUCGAACCCAGAAAUCCAAAUACUUGGGAAAAUACGAACAUUAAUACGGGUUCAGCAGAAACGGACGCGUCGAAACCUAAAACAGAACACGUUAAUCCUGAGCAGUCUGAAUCUACAACGACGAAACACGUUUUCGAGAACGAUAAUUCUCACUGGAACCACGAACAUUCGCAUCAUUCAAUAGAAACUACCACCGAAGCAGAGGCUCGCAUUAAACCAUUAGUUACUGUAGAAUCAACAAUGCAAUCAUUUACUGCGCCUGUCUUUGAACAAGAGCCUACUGUUGAACCGGAACCAUCUGUCGAACCAGAAUCUAGUGCCGAGCCAGAGCCUAGUGCCGAGCCAGAGCCUAGUGCCGAGCCAGAGCCUAGUGCCGAGCCAGAGCCUAGUGCCGAGCCAGAACCUAGUGUUGAACCAGAGCCUAAUGCUGAACCAAAACCUAGUGCCGAACCAGAACCUGCCGCUGAACCAGAACCCAGUGCUGAACCAGAACCCGCUGCUGAGCCAGAACCUGCUGCUGAGCCAGAACCUACCAUUCCACCUGAAAUUACUGCUCAAUCAGAACACACUGUUAAACCGGAGUCCACAACUGUAUUAGAGCCUGCUGCCGAACCAAAUCCUGCUUCUGAAUCAGAGCCCACUGCAAAACCAGAAAUCGAAUCUACUGUAAAGUCAAUGCCUGUCACAGAAUCAGCAACAACUAUCGCAGCAGAUAGUGAGGUGAAGUCGAAAACGGAAUCGCACGACUAUUUGACGACAACAGAACCGUAUUUGGAAUCGAAAACUGAAAUAUCCAAUCAGCCUGAAUUCCCUGUUAAGCCGACGUCUCAUGACAAUACGUCCGCUGAAUCAUCUACACAGACGUCACUUUCAGACGAUGCUAGUACGACUGAUGUACCUAAAUCUCUUAUCGAUUUAACAGAUAAAAGUAAUUCCAAAAAUGACGAAACUUUAACCACAAUUGUAAAGCCUAAUGAGAAUCCAGAUGAUGAUGCAUCUUUAAAGGUAACGCCUUUAAUCUCUAAAAAUGAAUCUAAAGAUAUCACUGAUAACGUAGAAACUAAAACGGAAACAACGACGAUGCAGUCUCAUACCAGUAAGAGUGAUGAAAUUACUGAAAGCGCAACCGUCGAGGCCGGUCUUACCACUUUAAAUUAUGAAGAUUUAAAACAGAAUGUAUAUAUUACAUCAACCAAAUCUGAGAAUCGCGAGGAAUCAGUCACAGAGCAAUUUACACAAAAUCCUCAUCAGGAAGGUAAAGAAAGUGACUCUACUACAGAAAUAAAUUUUGAUGCAAAUUUAAGUAAUAUCCAUAAUUCUUCGAUUGAUAAAUUAUUACACGAUUUAAUAAACAAACAAAAAUCGAGCACCAACUCAGACGUUUUUGAACAUCUCAGUUCGACUACUGCGGCAACAAUCGUGCCGGUCACAUCAGUAGAAGAAAGAACAGAAUUCACUACUAAAUUCAUAAACAACAAUAGGCAUUCAUUUGCAGGACAUUUCCAUACAAUAGAAAUAAAUGGUGUAAGUAAUAGAAAUUCAGAAACAUAUAGUACUAAAGUACGCGAGACAACUACGAUACCAGAAAUUACUCCGACUGACAUAUUUACUCAGCCAAUACCUGGAUAUCGGGAAGAACACGCGCCCGAGCCCGCGCUGCCAACGGAUACGAACGAGAAAAAUGUCAUCGAGCAUAUGCCGACAACGAUCUUUCCUAAAGUACCGAAAAAUUUCGCCCACAACGUCGAGCCGUUGAGGGAACCUAUCGCGAAAUCAGCGGCGAAUGACGACGAGCAUAUCAUGCUGAUACCAAAAACCGAGCAACCAGUAGAAAUACAUGCGAUAAUUCCGCAACUCAUUCCGGAACAAGCGACGAAUAAAUCGCUGAGGGUAGAAAACUCGACGACGAAAGUGAACAAAUCUGCAGAGGAUGCAGCCUCGAUCGGCUCAUCCACGACGCGUUCUAAUGAGAAUAUCGUUCACACGAGCGGUAAUAGACACGCGGCGCGCCCCGAUGAAAUUCAAGAACAUACGACGAGUCAUCCCCUUCACCCGGCGAUAUUCCCAGAAAAUUCAGUGGAUCAUUUCACGGGAAAGACCGACGAGCGACCGGUUGAGGAUAUGUCACCGUUCUUACCGGACGUUCAGAAGGAGAAGGAAAGCAUGAAGAAAGCGCCACGCUUAGACAAGGACGAGCAAGACGUUCCUAAUCCUUUCGAAACCCACAUCGAUGAUGUUAUAACGCAUCGGCCGUUAAUACGUAAUAAUGCAGGCAGCGCGAACGAGACUGAAACCAAAGAUUUAUUGAAUGACGUUAAUUCACAUUCCACGAACGAUGAAAAGAAGACGGAUACCAAGAAGGAAACCACGCAGAAAAGUACGGCAGAUGAUGUAAGCAACAACGCUAAGGAUGCUGUUAAGAACAAUUUAAAUAUCAGUGAAAUCACACAGAAUUUAAAUAAUAUAAAAUUUUUUAUAAGCAUGUUGCAUCAAAAUAAUUCUGCGAAAUUAAUCGAUGGAACAGGAGACAUUACGGAUCGCAAAAAUGGCGGUUUCUCCAAAGACAACGACGAAGAAUUGAAAGUGUUUCCAUUGGCGAUAGACAGUAAAUCAGCAGAUUCAAUUUCUCAAACUACAAUGCAACCCAUAGAUAAGGAAGAAUCUGCUAAAGUCGUUAUAACUUCGGCUGGAAACGAAGUAAAAAAAGUAGUUGGAGGUAUCGCGAUAGAAAGCGGUAUUACGAGCUCAGAGAAACCAGAAGAAAACGCUGUCGAAGAUCAUUACAACGACAUUACGGAUGAGGCCUUGUCGAAGGGAUAUCGACACGAUAAAGUCAUAGAGUCAUCCAAGAAAGCGAUUUUGAAGGAUAUCGAUUCUGUAAAGGUUCCUUAUAAUGGCCCGCUUUCGUCGCUAACCCCGUUCGAUGUCAUAAAGAAGAAGAACGGGACGAACGAGAGGAUAUCUCUCGAGACGACGCAAAGUCCGAUAGUUACGAAAAUCGAAGGCGAUCAAAUGGAUGACGGUAGGCUGACCACGCAAGAACCGGUGUUGCCCAUAGAAAUCCAACAGGAAAUGUCCACGACGACGGCAACCGACAAAGUUGAAAUCACUACCGUAAUCGACGACGGCAAACACGAGGAGAACAAUACGGAACCGCCGAACGUUGGCCAAUCCGACGAGAAGGAAGCGUCUGUUACGGCAGCGCAGAUCACAACUCAAGCCACGCUGAUGGAGACUAAAACCACAGCGCAGAUCCCGAUCCUGCCAGAGGAGCUGCAAACGACGGAAAGCGACGUAUUAUCAACGACGUUGAGCGAAGAGAUGCCGAGUGAGGACAAGAAAAUGAAAGCUGGCGACAAAACCGUUUCGACGGAUGACGUCGAUGAUGAGACGAGGAAGAGCGAGGCCGAGAAGGAGAAUGCUGUUACUGCACCCAGCGAUAUAAUGGAUACGAAUAGCACGUCGGAAAGAAGCAUGGCAGCGACAACGAUGUACGAGAGUAACGUAAGCCUAGGAUCUGGGAAGAUAGAAUACGAUGAAAACGGCAGGGCGAUUGAAAGCGCGACGGAAAGCAUGAAAAUUGAGACUACUCGUAUGAUGUCCACGACGGAGAGAAAUGUUGCAAGUGGCGCAGAAGGCACCACGCCUAUGUCUAACGAUGCCACCACCACGGAGGACGUAAGGCCGGUCACGGAAGUGCUGGACGACACGCAGCCCAUGAUAGAUUACAGAAUGCUGUUCACCACGAUUCCGCCGAGGCCGAUGUUGCUCGACUCGGAACUGUCCGAGGAAGCGCUCAGGGUGAUACCUCUGGAGAAGAGUCAGGAGAGCAAGAAGAAGCCGAUCGACAAGAAGGGAUUCGACAAAUACAAAUAUAAAAAAGAAAAGGACCUGAGCUUGGAGGAUCAGAGUGAAGACGGAGUUUUAACGGAAAGGUACGAUCCGACCAUCCUUUCCCAGACGGAGCCGUCGAUUGCCACUGCAGACCGCGAGGAGCUCGACGACAGUGUGGUGAGCUCGGACAUAGACCCGAAUGUACCCAGGUUCACCGUGGCCGACAAGGAGGGCAACAUCCUGCCUAUAUCGAAGUGGAGAAACACGGGGAGCGCGGAGAGAAGCGAAAAUAGGGGUGCGGUCGCGGAGACGAAGCCCAAGAAUUAUCCCAGCUUCAUACCCGUGUCGGAAGAGAUAAUAGAGUCGGCACCAGUCACGGAGCCCUACGUAAUCAUGCGAAAUUACACUCGUCCCGCGAUCGCGCCGGGCAUCACGGAAAGAACGACGGCGAGCGAGACGACGGUCGAUGAAGGUCGUGCCAACGCGAGAGCGAAAGAAGCGGCUGAGCAACACUCCGCCUUUUUCCCGGAUCAAUUAUUCAGCGACGAAGCGGAAGUGGAUCGCGUCACGGAAGGGUCGACCGCGCGAACUUCGGCGAUAAACGCGAAGAUCGAGAGUACCACCGCUGUCGUUAGCGAUUCUUCGGAUUCUCCUGGGAUCCUCUCGAAAUGCACCACAGGCCAAUUUCAGUGCGUUAACGGAACGUCCAGAAGCGGCGCGUAUUGCGUGCCGCAAUCUGCCAAAUGCGACUCCGAGAACGACUGUUCCGACGGCUCGGAUGAGUUGAACUGCGAGGCGGAGGGUUGUCCUGGUAACUUCCGCUGCGCCAACGGGCAGUGCCUGAAAAGGCAUCUCGUCUGCAAUAAGAUUGUGGACUGCGACGACGGCAGCGAUGAGCACGACUGCGAGAACUGGCAGUGCCAGUCUGACGAAUUUAAAUGUCCAAACGGAAGAUGCAUUCCGGGAUUAUGGCAAUGCGACGGUCGGCCCGACUGUGAAGGGCAUCGGGACGAGUACAAUUGCGCGGAAAACUGCGGGAACAACGAAUAUCUGUGUCCAACAGAGAAGUGGUGCAUCCCGCAAGCGUGGCAUUGCAACGGAAUUGCCGAUUGCGUCAACGGGGAAGACGAGAAAUUGUGCGACUGUGCCCUGGAUCAAUUCAAGUGUCAAACCGGCGGCGGAUGCAUCCCCCGGAAUCAAAUCUGCGACGGCAUCGAGAAUUGCCCGGAUUAUUCGGACGAAUGGGAUUGCCUAAUCGCCAAUACCACCGCGGACCGAAAUCUCACUAACGCGGAAACGGAUAGCAGCACGGCGAGCGAACCGACUAAUCGCGUGCCAUUUUUGAAAAUAAGACAACACGACGGCGAUUAUCGACUAGUCUGCUCGGACGGGUGGAGCGAAGAAUUCAGCGAUUCCUAUUGUCAGGCUCUGGGAUUCGCCGGAUCUGACGAGACGAUCAAAUCAUUCGCGUGGGAUAGAAGUCAGAAAAUUCUAAGACUGAAGACAAACCCUAAUUAUCGCCUGCCGCUAGUCACGAAUUUAGAGGAAGUGGGAUUCUGCGUGUCGGACAGGCUCGUGCAAGUGUCGUGCCAGGAGUUUACUUGCGGUCUGCGUUAUGCGGAGGAGCCGACCGCGAGAUUGGCAGGUGGGACUACAGCCAAUCAUGAGCAAUGGUCCAGCGUGGCCUUGUUGAAGGAAUCGGAAGACGGAACCGCUUGUACAGCCAGUAUACUCGGCCCUAUGCACGCUCUAGCCAGUUAUUCUUGUAUUCACAGACACAAGGAGAAGAGCGGAUGGCAACUUUUCACCGGCGGGAAUAUGUUGAAAGGGAACGCCGUUAAAAACAUCGUGCCCUAUCCUCAAGUGAAGUAUAAUCAGUUCCUGUAUAAUAAUGACAUCGCUCUGAUCGAAUUAGGGGAGCCGUUAGUAUUUUCCAGAAACGUUAGUGCCGUAUGUCUUCCCCGACAGUCUAUCCAGCCGAGGCAGAUUUGCGUAACGGCAGGGUGGGGAUUCCUUAUGAAUGGGGAAAUGAAUUUGCAGCAAUAUCUCAAAUUCUUGUCUGUUCUGACGAAUGAUUCCGAUAAGUGUAACGCCACGAGUCAUUAUGCAGGAUUCAUCACAGAACACGAUAUAUGCACGGACAAAGGCUCCUGUUACAAUGACGAAGGAGCGCCACUGAUGUGUGCCAGUGAAUCGCAGGGUGCUUCGGAAAGAUGGGAAAUCCAGGGAUUACUAAGUCAUCACAGCAGAUGUUCGAGGGGUCAUCCGGCAAUUUACUCGAGCUUGGAACCAGCGCUCUCGUGGUUGCGCGAAACAGUGCCAGCUUUGCGAACGGAAGGCUAAAUCAUUAUUAUUAUUAUCAAUUUCUCGAAGCGUAUAAGAAGCCGAUGCUUCAUUUAGACAAGAAAAUCGCACAGUUUUAAUAAGAAAACGAUCGUGAUUUUAUAUAUAUAUAUAUAUAUAUAU